AUGGCUCGAAUGCUUAUUGAUCAGGGUCUAUCACUAAUCAAAUCUGGCUCACGAAUCUUUGUUCAUGGAUGUGCUGCAACGCCACAGCAUCUCAAUCGCUUACUCGCUAAGCGUGCUAGUGAACUGAAACGUGUGGAGGUGAUGGGCAUUCUUCCACUUGAUAACACUUUUACUGAUGUAAAAAUGAAAGACAGCUUCUUUCUCAAUUCUCUCUUUGCGUCGGCAUAUGUUCGACCUGCCAUUGCCAGUGGAGCUGCCUCAUAUAUACCAACAUUUCUUAGUGAAAUGCCUCGUCUCUUCGACGAAAACAUUCUCCCACUCGAUGCUGCUCUCAUUCAAGUUUCACCUCCUGAUCGACAUGGCUACUGUUCGCUCGGCAUCUCAAUUGAAGCUACAGGAGCCGCAGUACGAAACGCAAAACACAUCAUUGCACAGAUUAAUAAAAACAUGCCACGAGUACACGGCGAUACAUUCGUUCACAUCAAUGACAUCGAUGCGUAUGUUGAAUAUGAUGAACCACUCUUCGAAGUAGAUUAUUCACGGGAUAUUACUGAUGUCGAAAGGCAGAUUGGACAACGAGUCGCUGAGCUCAUUGAGGAUGGAAGUACACUGCAAAUGGGAGUUGGUACUGUUCCUGACUGCGUGCUCAAGAGUCUCGAAGAUCACAAAGAUCUAAGCAUUGCUUCUGAAAUGAUAUCUGAUGGUAUCGUCUCUCUUAUUCAAAAAGGUGUAGUCACCAAUCGAUACAAGAAAUUCCAUCCUGGAAGAACAACAGCUACCUUUAUCAUGGGAACAAGAAAACUUUAUGAUUUCGUUGAUGACAAUCCGAACGUUCUUCUGAUAGAUGUGGGAAUCACCAACGAUCCAGCACAAAUCAGAAACAAUCCAAAGAUGUGUUCUAUCAACUCUGCACUCGAGAUCGAUCUCACCGGUCAGGUUUGUGCCGAAUCGCUUGGCACAGCACACUAUUCGGGUGUUGGCGGACAGAUAGACUUCAUGCGUGGUGCUGCUCUCAGUCCUCAAGGCAAACCUAUUCUUGUUCUACCAUCACAAACGACCAAGGGGAUCUCACGCAUCGUCAACACAUUGAAGGAAGGUGCAAGUGUGACAACAACUCGUGCACAUGUUCACUAUGUGGUGACAGAGUAUGGUGUGGCGAACUUGUUUGGUAAGAACUGUCAACAGCGUGCGAAAGCAUUGAUAAACAUUGCACAUCCGAAUCAUCGCGAAGCACUGGAGCGUGCUGCAUUUCAACGAUUCAAAAAUAUUUAUUAA